ACAGAUUGUUUCUUCACAACCAAGGUGCGGAAUGGGCAGAAAGCAGGAGCAGCAGCAGUCCUUAUUGUUAAUGACAGAAAUGAACCUUUAUUUGCAAUAGACGAACCAGAAAGUGGCGAGACAACACUCAAUUUACACUUACAGGAUAUUACCAUUCCUUCAGCACUUAUAACCAAAAGCCUUGGGGAGAGUCUAAGGAAAGCAAGUAACAAUGGCGACUUGGUUGAUGUAAACUUGGACUGGGAGGAGUCCCGACCGUACCCUCAUGAGCGUGCCGAGUAUGAAUUUUGGACAAACGGUAACGAUGAAUGUGGUCCAAAAUGUGAUGAGCAAGUUGAUUUCCUGAAGAGAUUCAAAGGUGUAGCCCAGAUACUCGAGAAGAAGGGCUACACACAGUUCACUCCUCAUUACACUACUUGGUAUUGCCCAGAGAGCUUCAUGUUCAGCAAGCAGUGCAGGUCCCAGUGUAUCAACUAUGGGAGGUAUUGUGCACCAAAUCCGGAACAAGAUUUCGGCAAAGGGUACGAUGGGAGCGAUGUGGUGGUUCAGAAUUUAUAUCAAAUUUGUGUGUUCAAAGUUGCAAAGGAGACCGGGAAGCCUUGGUUAUGGUGGGACUAUGUGACUCAUUUUGCUAUUAGGUGCUCAAUGAAGGAAAAGAACUACAAUGAAAAAUGUGCUCACAGAGUAAUCAAAUCACUUGGUAUGCUAAUACAGUAAUGUUGCACCAGCCAUUCUAUGAUUGAAAAUGAGGUGCAGUUAAAAAAAUGGUGGUGAAUGUGUAUGUGUUUUGCAGGCCUUAAUCAAAAAGCGGUUGACAUGUGUGUUGGUGAUCCUAACGCAGACGAGGAAAAUCCUGUGCUAAAAGCUGAACAAGAUGCACAGGUUACUAGCUUAGCAAUGAGCACUAUGUUAUUUUUCACGUUUACCAAGCUAGUCCUCUGAAUGCAGCAGCAACUUCUAUUUUGCACAGAUUGGCAAGGACUCUGGCAAUCAUGUUACUAUCUUGCCAACACUAGUAAUCAACAAUAGGCAAUACAGAGGUCAGUGUUCGGCCCUCCAAUUUCAAUAAUGGAAUAGCUACAUGAGGUGUGGUGACUGGUGAGCCUUAACUGCUUAAUGAAUCUUUAUUUCCUAGGGAAACUUGAAAAGGCAGCAGUUCUUAAAGCUCUCUGCGCCAGCUUCCGAGAAAAUAAUGAACCGUCUGUUUGCUUAAAUGAAGGUUUGAUUUGUUGGUUCACAUGAAUUUUUAGUUGUCUAGUUUAUAAUGAAUAAUGGAGAAACAAAGAUAUUGCAUUAAUAUGUAAGCAGGGCUAAGAUGGUCGUCACACGAAUACCUUAAGGUGUGCGGCACCACUAUUGGAAGCCGCAUAACGCCCCUCUCAUGGAUCAGCCUUGCUGAUAGUUUUCCUUGAGAUUAGAUUGCUUAGGAGUGUCUUGAAUAAUGUAUUAAGGAGUCAAGGCUAUAAAUAUGAGCCCAGGCUCCCCCCACCCCCUCUUUUCCUGAGGUGUGCCUGUCAUGGCCAUAAACCACUCCCCUCAUGUCUUGACCUAAGGUCUCUUUUCCGCAAAGUUCCCAAAAAUGCAGCCCACUAACUCCACCAUACAAUACGGCAAGUAUAGUGGUAGAGACCAUGGUUGGCAAAAAACUCCUACAAUGAAUUGUCUACAAUGGACUAGUAUAAUGUUAUAGACAUUAGACAAAUAUAUGUACAAUGGUGUAGACGACAACAAGCUUAUAGACAUAGAAUAGUAGAUAAUAUAUUCUCUACACCAUAUCACCCAAAAUCCAAUAUGUCACCUCUUAUAAACUACUCCCUCCAUCCCAAAAUAUAAGAACGUUUUUCAUACUACACUUGUAUGAAAAACGUUCUUAUAUUUUGGGACAGAGGAAGUACUGAUGUAAGCUUAUUGUAAACUGCCUCAUGAAGAAGACAUACAAACCAAUCAGUGCUUGAACAACAAUGGCGGUUGUUGGCAAGAUAUGGCUGCUAACGUGACUGCAUGCAAGGUACAUGUUCUGCUCUUCUAUUUUCUCUAAAUUGCAUUCCUUCAUGCUAUGUUUUUAAAGCGUCCCUAAGGCGACACCUAGGCGACGCCUAGGCGUCGAAGCGCUCCCCCUCCGCUUUGGAAAAUUGGCCGCUUUGGGCGCCUAAGCGUCCAAAGCGCCCGCCUAGGCGUCGCCUAGGCGCCAAAGCGCCCCCCCUCCCUAAGGCGGUAAGGCGUCGCCUUAAAAACAUAGACUUCAUGUGCUAAAUAUUUGUUCUGUUUAGCUUCACAUAUGAUGUUUUGGGCACAUGUAGGACACCUCCGUUGGAACGGUUUGUGAAUGUCCUGUUCUACAAGGUGUGAAAUACAUUGGUGAUGGUUACAACCACUGCGAAGGUACACUAGUAAUGAUUUUUAUAUUUAGCUUUUGGUAGCUUUUGUCUAUUUACUCGUCUCUCUGUAGCAAACAUAG